GUUGUCAGGCUGUCUGGGCUCAGAGGAAGGCUGUACUUUUCUGGCCUCGGCUCUUAGAUCCAACCCCUCCCAUUUGAGAGAGCUAGACUUGAGCUACAAUCAUCCAGCUCAUCUUUCGGAGAGAAGCUGUGAAGUUCUGGCCUCAGUUCUCAGCUCCCAUUCCUCUUGUCUGAAAGAGCUGGACCUGAGUAACAACGACCUGCAGGACACAGGAGUGAAGCUGCUCUCUGCUGGACUGGGGAGUCCAUACUGUAUACUGGAAACUUUCAGGCUGUCAGGCUGUCUGGUCUCAGAGAAAGGCUGUGUCUUUCUGGCCUCAGCUCUUAGAUCCAACCCCUCCCAUUUGAGAGAGCUUGACCUGAGCUACAAUCAUCCAGGAGACUCAGGAGUGAAGCUGCUGUCUGCUGGACUAGAAGAUCCCCACUGGAGACUGGACAAACUCAAGGUGGACCAUUGUGGACAGCAGAGAUUAGCACCUGGUUUGAGGAAGUAUGCUUGUGAACUCACUCUGGACCCAAACACAGCACACCAUAAGCUCAGACUGUCUGACAACAAUAGAAAGAUGACAGCAGUGAGAGAGAAGCAGCCGUAUCCUCUUACUCCAGAGAGAUUUAACCACUGUCAGGUUCUGUGUAGAAACGAACUGACCGAUCGCUGUUACUGGGAGGCUGAGUGGAAAGUAGAUGUUCUUAUAGGAGUGGCGUACAAAGGAAUCAUAAGGAGAGGAAACACUGAUGACUGUUGGUUUGGGAGGAAUGAUCAAUCCUGGAGUCUGCAGUGCUCUGAAUAUGGUUACUCUGUCUGGCACAAUAAGAGAGAAACUGACCUUCCUUUCUCUGCCUCUGGAUCUGACAGAGUAGCAGUGUAUGUGGACUGUCCUGCUGGCACUCUGUCCUUCUACAAUGUCUCUCAUGGCAAUCUGACCCUACUCUACACCUUCCACUGCACAUUCACUGAACCUCUCUACCCUGGGUUUGGAUUUGGAUACGAUUCCUCUGCGUCUCUUUGUGAAUUGUAGAAAGGAGAGCUGUUUAAAUACUCACUGCUGACUGACACACACACACACACACACACACACACACACACACAACACUGUGCAGUACCAAACCAUAUCUGAAGGAGACAUCCUGGCGAGGAGUAUUUAUCUUUCUAGCAAACUGGAAAUUCCACAGUGUAAAAAAGCUCAUUUAAAAUCUUAAGUAAAAAUAUAAAAGUAUUAGCAUUAGUGCAUAAUUAAAGUACCAAAAAGUAAAAGUACUAAUCAUGCAGAUUGUUAUGUUUCGUUAUAUAUAUUAUAUAACUGGAUCACAAUUAUGGCUGCAUUAAUGUGUUCAUUGCUUUAAUGGUGCAGUUGGAAAGAUGGAUCUAAUUUUCAUUACUUUAUACACUGCUGGAUAUAUUACUACAUAAUAUAUCAUGAUUUAUCAGUUGACUAAUAUUUUGUAUUAAUAAUCUGAGUCUGCAAAGUAAGAAAUAACUGAAUCUGUCUGAUAAAUGUUGCAGAGUAAAAAGUACAAUAUUUGCUUCCAAUAUGUAGAGGUGGAGAAGCAACAUAACACGGAAAUACUCAAGUAAAGUUUAAAUAGGUCAAAAUUGUACUUGAGUAUAGUACUAUUAAAUGUACUUUCCACCUCUGGUUUAGCAUUAUAUUUAGUUAAAGUUGUCAACGUUUCCUGAUUCAAUCAAAACUCAGAGAAGAAUAGUUUAAUUUCAGUUAUUGUUUAUUGGUUUAAACUUUUCUUUAGUUAAAUGUUAGCUUCCUUUAUUCUAACUUAAACUUGCAAUAUGGUGAGAAAUAAAUAUUUAAGACUUGUUUGUAGUGAUACAAAUAACAUUGUCAUUCACCUGUUGGUUGUAGGUGUGACUCUCACACUGAAUGAAUGUCCUGCCUAAGCUUAUUGUUUGGUAGACUGUGGUGGUCUUCUCACAAUAAAGUGUCAACAAUUGAGCUUAUGUCAAAUCAAAUGUCAUAACAUUAGAGUGAAUCAAUAGUACCUGUAAUAUAAAGUAACAUUCUAGUAUUUGUAAUCAAGAGUUUCUUUUCACACACUUUAAAUUGAUAUUACUUUUUCUACUGUCAUAUUGGUUUAGUGUGCGUUUCUGUUGUGAACAAACAAAUUUAUUCUACAUUUAGGGUACAGAACACAGUUUUAACAAUCACAACAAUAUAAGGACAAAGACUGUAUUUAGAUAAAUGUUCAUCUGUUAUUCUGUUGUUGUUAAUUAAAGAUCAUCAAUAGCU